CAGCUCUUCUGCCACAUCCUGUCCCCACUGCAGUCUCGCUGUCCCCAAGCUGAUCCUGCUUCACGGCAACAAUGGCGUUGGCCCUCAUCCUGGGUUGGUGUCUGGUGGCAGCGAUCAGGGCACAGCACUUGCCCCAACCCUCCCUGUCGCUGCAUCCCAGCCAGGGUGUGUCCGUGGGUGACAAUGUCACCCUGCGCUGCCACCUGCCCUGGCCGGCUGCCGUGGUCUGGCUGUACCAGGAAGGAGGUUGGAGAUACAGCAAGAGCAAGGACAAGAAGCAGGACACAGCUGAGUUCUCCUUCGUCAGCACAAGUUGGGAACACGCAGGUACAUAUCAGUGCCAGUACCGGGUGCCUGAGUCAGAGGAGAUAUCAGAGCAGACUGACCCCGUGCAGCUGGUGGUGACAGAUCGCAGGUAUUCCCUGCCCGGCAUUUCCCUUCGCCCUGAGGAACAUGUGGGGACAGGGACCAAUGUCACCAUCCGCUGCUGGAAGAAGGACUAUGGGGCCACCUUCCUCCUGCACAAGGAUGGGUGUUCAGCUCCUAUCCAGCACCAGGACCCUGAUAAUGGGGACACAGCCACCUUCACCCUCUUUGGGGUGACCCCAUCUGACAGCGGCACCUAUAGGUGUUCCUACCACCCCUGGGGAUAUCCCUUUCUGUCCUCACCACUUGGGGACAGUGUGACACUGGAGGUGGCACCCACACCUGCACCCCCAGGUGGGUCUCAACCCCAUUUGGGUACCCCUCAGAGUCACCCAUGGGUGGCCGAGUCACCUCCUGUCCCCACCGAG